AUGAAUAUACACGCAGUGCCAUCGGUGUACCAGAAAACGCGAUGCAUAUUCACAGUGGGAAUCAUCGAAACAGGGCUAUCACAGGCGAAACGACGUCCGGUGGCCAGCUUUCGCAGUAAAGAAUUCAUACACAGGGUUGAUAUAAUAUCGCCCGACAGCUGGAGUGCUGCUUUGGAGCAACUGGCGCAGCGCACACCUGCACAGUUUUACAGGGUCAAUGCCACACUAGGUCAAAUAUUCGAAAAGGCAUUUUUUCUAGAACAUGUCAAAACAGGAAACAUCUCCAUGCUGUCGGAAGGGAAUCCCACCACAGGCAAUACCUUCUCACUCCACAGAGGAAAGCUUAAGCUGCAUCUCGAUAGAGAAGCAUAUGAGAGUUCGGGUCUAACCGGCAAGCUCGACGAACGGACUGGCACUAGAGAGUUGCGGUCAAAGUGGUUUGUCACAUACGACUUGCAAAGUCCAUCUAUGCAACAUGGCAAGCGAGGCUUUGACCGACUGGUCUACGGCUGCAAGAACAUAUCAGACACACCGGUGAACUGGAUAUGCACCCUGGAGAAUCCAUCCGAUACGCCAAUAACAAUCGGCAACUUAUCCUACGAAAAGGUGCUGUCGAGACUAGAUAUUGCCCACCAUGUCAAAACACAUCAAGUCAUAACGCCCUCGAUGCCAAGCUUCCGAGACAACGGACCAGAAGGUUCAGACACAGCAGUAGAGCUGUAUGAAUGGAUUUCAUUAGUGAGACUUAGAAGCCCCAGAGUGCUUUUCAAUGACGACAUCGAUCCGUAUCUAUCGCGGUACACCGUACCAAGCUACCCGGUCGGAGAAAUGAGCGUUGGCCAGAUCAGUUGGAAUGGGCUCUUGAGUUCUUCAUGGGUGUCGAAUCUGACCUCUGCAUUAAUGACGGCAUGCCCGGAAGAGUCUUGGUUCGCAAUAAGCGCAACUGAUAUGGCGGCGAGUGGACUGGGAGGCAGAAGCGAAAUUACUGUGUUGAAACCUCCGGGCCAGAGCUCGAGAUAUCUGAUGUGGGAUAUCAAACAUAGCUAA